AUGCAUGUUGUUUCCACAUCAAAACUACUUCUUCAAAAAUUGAGGGAUAAUGGUUGGUGUAAUUUACUUGAGAUUGUUAAGAAGUUUUGUGAGAAACAUAAAAUUGACAUCCCUGAUAUGAGUACACAAUACACUGUUGGAAGAGGUCGAUCUCGUCAACCAAAGAUAACAAUCGAGCAUCAUUAUCGAGUUGAUGUGUUUUUGGCAGCAAUUGACUCUCAAAUUCAAGAGUUAAAUGGUAGAUUCAAUGAGGAAACCAUGGAGCUUUUGACUUUAAGUACUGCUUUGGACCCUAAAGAUAAUUUUAAGUUGUUUAAUAUUCAGAAUAUAUGCAAGUUAGCUGAAAAGUUUUAUCCUUCAGAUUUUUCUGAUCAUGAAAUGAUUUUUUUGAAUGCUGAAUUGCAACAUUAUGCAUUUGAUAUAUCGAAUCAUCUAAAAGAUGUUGGGACACUUUAUGAGUUAUGUCCAAGAUUGAAGGAAACAGGAAAAUCAAGAACUUAUCAUUUGGUUGAUAGAUUGAUUCGCAAUGUCUUGACUCUUCCAGUAUCUACAGCAACAACAGAAAGAGCUUUCUCGGCAAUGAAAAUUGUUAAAACAAGACUUCAGAGUAAAAUGGCACACGAAUUUCUUGCAGAUAAUUUAGUCAUUUACAUUGAGAAAGAAAUUGCAGCUACUUUCAGUACAAAUUCAAUAAUAGAUGACUUUGAAUCAAGGAAAAAAUGUCGAGCUUAA